CAGCAAUUGAGCCCUCUUUGGAUUUUCAUCAUGGCCGACAGCUUGACUGCGGCCUUGAAUGGCUUGGCACUCUCGUCUGAGGGUUUAAGUGAAAACAUUGACGACUUGCUUGAUCAGGCCAAACCCCGAAAACGCAUACGGAAGUCGCCACAGGAAGUGAAGGCCGACCUCGAAAGCCAAUUCCUUACACCAUCCACGUCGUUCAGUCCCGAGUGGCUAGAUCGCUUGCAGCAGCGAUGGGAUACACCGACGAACUACAACGAGCUCUUCGCCAUAGGACCAACCCAGACCAGGACAAUCAUUCGUUUCACGAGGGAAGGCCUCGCAGGACGCGUCACGGGCUAUAACGAGGUGACUGUACCGGCCAACAGUGCGACAGCAAAGAACUCUACCUCUCUUCUACGGAAGCCUGCGAAUCGUGCCGACUUUGUGCGAGGUGCAGCUGGCUACUACCCAUUCGCACCGGGCGGUCUUGAUGCUGUUGAAGCCACAGCCGCUCUCGAAGACGAGCUCAUCCAGAAACAGCAGGAUACUGAUGGCUCUCGUAAAUCUGAGAAAUUAAACAAAAUUAUCAAUUUCGCUGCCGAAGGUGGACUGCUGGAAGUGCCCCCGGGCUUCAGCCGAGGCCUGCGCGUCAGCGAC